GCGAAAACCUGCCAACAGCACCCGUCAUGACAAUCAAAAGUGUGUGAAAAAGAGAGAAAAUUUUGCUAUUGUCAAUGUCGAUGAGAGUCUAGAGAAGAUGUCUGGAUUCAAGUACGUGACAAAUCCCAACAGUUUAUUCGUCGAGGACGUGGAUGACGAGACAUUCCUGAGAAACGCCCGGACCAACAAUUAUACAGAGGGUGCCAGUGCGCCCCAGUACACCCCACACAGCACCAAUCCAUUCCUUCAGGAUGACGACUAUGAGCAACAGAGGCAGAUGUACGAGCAGCGCAGGAGAGAGAUUGAGGACAGAACGCUGCUUUCAUCUGAGCGCAGCCUUGGGCUGCUCUACGAGACUGAGCAAGUUGGAAUGGCCACGGCAGAGGAGUUGGCACGUCAGCGAGAGCAGCUGGAGAACACCAGCAAGCAGCUGGACGACAUAAACUCGACGCUGCGCUUCAGCCAAAGACACCUCACGGGCUUGAAGAGCGUCUUUGGGGGCCUGAAGAACUACCUGACUCGCCAGAGGGAAUUCACGCCGCGCACCAACGCCUCGCCCAGCGGCAGCAAUAUUCUGGACACUGCGUCAUAUCAGGAGCCACCGAGAUCCCACAUGAGUCCGGAGGAGCGCUACGAAAACCACCCCGUGAACCGCCUACGCAGCGAUCCGCCCUACGCGCAGCACACAAUCCACGGACCAGGAGAAUUCAGCGCGCGUCUCGAUCAAAAUCUUGACUGCAUGGCGGGCAGCUUGACACGCCUCAAGGGUCUGGCCAUUGAUAUGAACCAGGAAAUCGACAGCCAAAAUGACCUCAUAGAUAAUAUCACGAACAAAGUGGAGGACACCGACAUGAAGAUUGGCAAGCAGAAUCGUGACAUGCUGAAGCUUCUCGGCAAGAAGUGAUUCUGCACCCACAGAUACUCCACCAAAGCAACUCUAAUCGAAUCUGAACUCCCUCUCUAAUCCCCUCCAUUCAUAUGAGAACUCUGUACAUUUUUUGCUGGAUUACUUUUUGGCUCCUCCGUGAGAUAAAUAUAAGUUUAGUAAAUUUUCCAA